CGACUCACGACUCACGACAAACAAUCCUCCUCUUACUUUGAGCUCAUAUUCUCUGCACACGCAUACUUUCUCCUGCUUAUCCCCUCCUCUGUUUUCCUUGUCAAACUAUCAUCGAUUUGCCAGUUCUACCGCAAUGGUGGUGUAUUCUUUCUAUAUCUUUGACCGGCACGCGGAAUGCAUAUACAAACGACGUUGGCUUCCUCGUCCAGUCUCUACUUCCGGCAGCAAAUCUUCGCGACCUACCUCGGAAGCUUCUGUGCCAGCUACCAGCGCUCCUGUGCUUCUCGGCCAAUCCGCGCGAACGACCGAUGACGAUGCGAAGUUGAUCUUCGGCACUGUGUUUUCGCUCCGCAACAUGGUGCGCAAACUGGGAGGAGAGGACGACAACUUCGUCACGUAUAAGACGAGCCAGUAUAAGCUGCACUACUACGAGACGCCAACCAACAUCAAAUUCGUCAUGCUCACGGAUAUCAAGAGCCCAAGUAUGCGCGUUGCACUGCAGCAGAUCUACAUCAAUCUCUAUGUCGAAUAUGUGGUCAAGAAUCCGUUGUCUCCUGUCGAGCAUCCGGGGGGCGUGGGCGUCAACAAUGAGUUAUUCGAAGAGUCUCUAGAACAAUUUGUGGUACGUGUGAGGCUAUGCCAUUGCCAAGGUAUCUUCUAAUCACUGUGUAGACACGAGUCUUGUCGUGAAUCGGUCAUCCAUGUCCUUCACGUUAGGAAUCAU